AUGGCAACAGAAAAAUUAAUCUCCAGCAAGGCUCAGGAUUCUGAGAUGACAACUUUGCGGGAUUCAUCACCAAUCCAGGUGAUCGGUGGACAUGGCACGUACAGCUACUUCAAUAACUCCACUUAUCAGAAACUAGCUGCAAAUGUCACAAAGGAGAAAGUUGAUGAAGCAAUUACAAGAAAACUAGACGUGAAAUCUUUAUUGUCAUCUUCUCCAUAUCCAACAAACACAAUUCGCCUUGUAGAUUGCGGUUGCGCAGUUGGGCCAAAUACCUUCGACACUAUGCAAGAUUUAAUAGAAACCAUUAAGGAGAAGUACAAAUCCCAGUGCCCUGAUUCCGCAAUGCCCGAAUUUCAAGUGUUCUUCAACGAUCAAACCUACAACGAUUUCAACACUCUCUUCACCUCUCUUCCCCAAGAACGACAAUACUUUGUGGCCGGAGUUCCAGGCUCUUUUCACCAACGACUGUUUCCUGAAUGUUUUGUGCAUGUAGUUCAUGUGUCUCAUGCGCUUCAUUGGCUGUCUACGCCGCCAGAAGAGUUGGUGGACAGGGCUUCUGGUGCUUGGAACAAAGGCAGGAUUCAUUACGCGUUUGCGCCGGAAGAAGUUGUGAAUGCGUAUGCAAAUCAAUUUGCUAGAGACUUUGACAACUUUCUGAAUGCUAGAGCUAAAGAGAUAGUGCCUGAAGGAAUUAUUGUUAUCAGCAAUCCAAGUAUCCCGGAUGGAAUGCCUAUCUCUCAGAUCGCCAAUGGCUUGAUGUAUGAUUGUAUGGGUGACAUCCUCAACCAUAUGGUAAAAGAGGGACUUAUUUCAGAAGCCCACGUUGACACCUUCAACUUACCAGUAUAUUCUUGCCCUCUUGGAGAAUUCACAGCACUGAUAGAAAGAAAUGGCAAUUUCAGCAUCGAGGCGAUUGGAUUAACAAACCCAUCACCCUGGUUGGAAGGUCGAAUAAAUAUGCCAGAAUUUGUAAAGCAUAUAAGGGCUGCAUUUGAGGGGAUGUUUAGCAAACAUUUCCCCUUGGAGAUCUGCGAAGAAAUGUACAGACGAUUAGUCGAAAGGCUUGAAGAGAUUAAUGACGAGAUGACUGCAUGUUACAGAGAUGGUAUUCAAUUAUAUGCUGUGCUUCAACCAACUAUUAGGGACACAUUAGUGGCAAUUCUUAACUCCAGUGAUGAAUACAAGAAGUGGGCAAAAUUUUUUGCAUCUAUGAGAAUGACAGAUCUGUCUUGCAGCACAGGGUGGAGCAGUCAGCUAGCUCUGAACGCUGACACUAAAGCUUUGAAGGAAGCUUUCUAG